AACGAUCAUUAUACGAGCACUGCGCAUGCUCCGCGCGUGUCUUCCCGCGCUUUUUAACGACUCCAUUUUUAACAAAAUUUGUGUUUAAUUAUAUAAUAAAAAUAUAUUAAUAAUUAGGGUAAUUUAAUAAAAAAAAAAUACUUAUCAAAAUGUAAUAAAAAAUAGUGUGUUUUAUUCAUUUGCAUAUAAAAAUGAUGGAGUGCAAAAAAACAGAUGUUUGUGAAAAUGUGAACAAAAAGAUAGUAAACAAUUUUAUGAGGAAACGUAGAAAACUAACUUAUAUAAAAACUAUUUAUGCCAGUCUCAUAGUAUGUUUUGUGCCAUCAAUUAUCUGUGAUUCAGAUUGGUCGAGAGAGCUCACCUACGAUAAAAUAUAUAAUAAUACCAACUACCCACAACUACAGCACCGACCGAGGCCAUAUACUAUACCUAUACGUAGUUUUAAUAAACAAAUAGACUAUAGGAACGAAGAAGAAUGGAAAGAAAAUGAGUUGGGAAGAGAGGACAAUGAAUCUGAAGAGAGAAAAAAAGAAGAGUCAAGCCAAAGUCGAUUGUUAGUAGGGUUCGCACAAGAUCCGUUCCGGUAUUCGAUACCAGAAGAAGAAUUUUUGAAAGGCAUUAGAUAUGUGAACCCACGCUCGAACGGUGGCAGACGCGACAGCCGCGGCAAACGAGGACUUCUGCAUCUGUACAACAUGAUCUACUGUGCCACUGGUUGCGAACCCCUGUCCUACAAGGGUUAUGGUUGCUACUGUGGCCUGUUGGGCUCUGGGAAACCGACCGAUGGCAUAGACAGAUGUUGCAAAAUGCACGACGAUUGCUACGAGAACAUCUACUGUCCGAUCUUUACGGUCUACUUCCAGCCUUACUACUGGAAGUGCUACAAAGGCGAGCCUCUGUGUGCUCUCGAGAACUACGACACACAGCAUCAAUUCAUCAACGGGUGCGCGGCGAAAUUGUGCGAAUGCGACAGGAGAUUCGCCAUGUGCGUCAGGAAGUACAACUGUCCACGACAGAGGGCGCUGUGCAAGUCCUCCCCGUUGAGAUUGCUCCAGAAUUUACUGUUAUUCUGGUAAUCAUUUCGGUGUAAAGUGCGCUGAAUAGUUGAAAAGACAGAAAGUUGGCAAUUCAAAGAGAAGCAACAACGGUGGUACCCAAGUCGCUCUAAUUACGCUUACUCCAUACUUUACUGUUGUAUUAAUUAAUACAAAUUUAUCACCAAA